UGUAGGAGGUUAUUCUUAACCUGGCAACUUGUGCUGUGAAUCAACUUGUCAGUGUCACCUGAACGAAAGGAGAGACCAGAAAGAGGACACGAUUGUCAGAGUAAGGGAGGAUGUCGAUGAAUGACGAGGGCUAUGUGGUGAGGAUCCGGGGCUUGCCGUGGUCCUGCACCCAAGAAGAGGUGGCCAGCUUCUUUUCUGAUUGUGACAUCGUUGGAAAGGUGAAUGGGGUGUGUUUUACCUUCUCCAAAGAAGGCAGGCCCAGUGGAGAAGCCUUUGUUGAACUGAAAACAGCAGAGGACUUCAAGAAUGCCAUAGCCAAGGACCGUAAAUAUAUGGGACACCGCUACAUAGAAGUGUUCAAGUCCAACCGCAGUGAGAUGGACUGGGUGUUGAAGCGCAGUGGGCCUGCAGACUACGACAGCUGCAGCGGCUGCAUGCUGCGGCUGCGAGGGCUGCCUUUUGGUUGCAGUAAGGAGGAGAUAGUGCAAUUCUUCUCAGGGUUGAGAAUCGUGCCAAAUGGGAUAACAUUGCCGAUGGACUACCAGGGGAGGAGCACAGGGGAAGCCUUCGUGCAGUUUGCCUCAAAGGAGAUAGCAGAAAAGGCACUGGGGAAACACAAGGAAAGAAUAGGGCACAGGUAUAUAGAGAUCUUUAAAAGCAGCAGGAAUGAGAUCAGGGCCUACUAUGAGCUGCCACGCAGGGGAGUCGGCCAGAGACCCGGCCCCUACGACAGGCCCAUGAUGACCCGGGGUGGGUUCUUUGGGCCGGGGCCCGGCCGGGGAGGGGCCCUGCUGGACCAGAUGCGCAGCGGAGGAGGCUACAGUGGUGGCUACGGAGGUUUCGACAACUACAACGGCUUUAAUAACUAUUGCUUUGGCAACGGGAUGUUUGAUGAGCGGGUGAGAGGCGAGAGGGGGAGAGGUAUGGGAGGCCAUGGCUACGGUGCAGGAGAUACCAGCUCUGGGUUUCACAGUGGACAUUUUGUGCACAUGAGAGGUCUGCCCUUCCGUGCCACCGAGGGAGACAUUGCCAAUUUCUUCUCCCCUUUAAGUCCUCUGCGGGUGCACAUUGACGUUGGUCCUAACGGGAAGUCCACCGGGGAGGCUGACGUUGAGUUCAGGUCCCAUGAAGACGCUGUGUCAGCCAUGACUAAAGACAAGAACCACAUGCAACACCGGUAUAUAGAACUCUUCCUCAACUCAACAGCAAGUGGGUCAUCAGAUAUGGGCCGUGGCGGUGGUGGUUUCUAUGGUAACUCUGGCGGCGUAGGCUCAAGGGGAAGUGGACUUCGAGGGGUAUUCUGAAGGGGAACUGUGUGCUCCAACCAAACAUUGUUGGAGAUUUGUUUUGUAUUUGAAUGUUUUCACUUGUUCAUGAAAAGUAAAAAGUACUAAGGUAGAAUAUUUUCCAGUCUCAAAGAGUGGAAUAAAAAUAUAUAUUUAAGCUGUUGCAUAGGUGAAACAGCAGCUAUUGUACAUUUUGCUUAAUAAAUUUUAUAUUUAAUUCUCAA